AUGCCGUUUUCUGCGCUUUACGUGCUCGAUCUUAAAGGAAAAACUUUAAUAAGUAGAGAAUACAGAGGGGAUGUCCCCUUUGAUUGCAUUGAAAAAUUUCCCACCCUUCUUGUUCAAAAAGAUGAAGAUGGGCUCGGUGAAGUACCAAUAAUUGUAGAUGGUGAUGUAACUUACUUGUUCAUCAAGUACAAGAAUGUCUAUUUGGUAGCCACCACUAGGAGAAACGCGAACGUCGCUUUAAUAUUUGUUUUUUUGCAUAAACUCGUUAAGGUUUUUAAAGAAUACUUUAAAGAACUAGAAGAAGAAUCUAUUCGAGACAAUUUUGUUAUUAUUUACGAGUUAUUUGACGAAAUCGUUGAUUUUGGUUAUAUUCAGACCACUGAAACAAAGAUAUUACAAGAAUAUAUUACACAGAAAUCUCACAAGUUGUUAGUUGAAACAAAGCUUCCUAUGGCGGUAACUAAUGCCGUCUCGUGGCGGUCAGACGGCAUAUUUUAUAAAAAAAACGAAGUUUUUCUUGACGUCAUAGAAUCUGUUAAUCUUUUGACUAACCAAACGGGACAAGUUCUGCAGUGCGAAGUAGUCGGUGCUGUCAAUAUGCGCGUUUAUCUUUCAGGAAUGCCUGAACUGCGCCUCGGGCUGAACGACAAAAUUUUGUUUGAUAGUUCCAGCAGGGCUUCGAGAGGGAAGGCAGUUGAGUUGGAAGACAUUAAGUUUCAUCAGUGCGUACGUUUAUCAAGGUUUGAAAACGAUAGGACUAUAUCAUUCAUACCACCGGAUGGCCAGUUCACACUUAUGUCUUACCGCCUUAGCAGUCAGUUGAAGCCCUUGUUCUGGGUGGAGUCGAUUGUCGAGAGGCAUGCCCACAGCCGAGUAGAGUACAUGGUUAAGGCUCGCUCCCAGUUCAAACGCAAAAGCUGCGCACACAACGUCCGAAUCCACGUUCCUGUCCCUUCGGACGCUGAUAGUCCCCGCUAUAAAAGUUCUAUUGGUAGCGUGAAGUACGCCCCGGAGUUGAACGCUUUGGUUUGGUCCAUCCGCCAGUUUUCCGGCGGCAAAGAGUGUUUUUUGCGGGCCCACUUUGGGCUGCCGUCCGUCGAAAAAGAUGAAGAGGAAGGCAAGGCACCGAUUACUGUGAGCUUCGAAAUUCCGUAUCUUACUACGUCAGGAAUUCAAGUUCGGUACUUGAAAGUCAUAGAAAAGUCAGGCUAUCAGGCACUCCCCUGGGUCCGUUAUGUUACCCGAAACGGAGGUUAGUGCCCUUCACUCGGAUGAACUAAAAUAAAAGAGUGCCAGGAAAGCCAUACAAUUUUGAUUAGAAAAAAACUUUUCUUGUUAAUAAAGAA